AUGGCAAGAGAGGACACUGGACAGACCUGGUGCACCUUCACGUAUAUGUUUUAUAUACCCUGUGAAACUGUUGUGUUUCCACAGGAGCUUGAGACCCUUGACAAUGGGAAGCCCUAUGCUGUUGCCUAUGCAGUGGAUCUGCCCACAGUAGUGAAAGUUCUCAGAUAUUAUGCAGGCUGGGCCGACAAAUGGGAGGGAAAGACCAUCCCCAUCGAUGGAGAUUAUUUCUGCUACACUAGACAUGAACCCGUCGGAGUCUGUGGACAGAUCAUACCGUGGAACUUCCCUCUGCUGAUGCAGGCGUGGAAACUUGGCCCUGCCCUGGCAACUGGUAACACUGUGGUGAUGAAGGUCGCAGAGCAGACGCCGCUCACUGCGCUUUAUGUAGCCAGCCUAAUCAAAGAGGUGGGUUUUCCUGAAGGUGUUGUGAAUAUCCUGUCUGGCAUGGGACCAACAGCUGGUGCUGCCAUUGCAAGGCACAUGGAUGUCGACAAGGUGGCUUUUACUGGAUCCACAGAGGUGGGUCAUCUGAUCCAACAGGCUUCAGGCAGCAGCAACCUGAAGAAAGUCACUUUGGAGCUGGGAGGAAAGAGCCCCAACAUCAUCCUGUCUGAUGCUGACAUGGAGUACGCUGUGGAGCAGUCCCACUUUGCUCUGUUUUUCAACCAAGGCCAGUGUUGCUGUGCUGGCUCUCGAACGUAUGUCCAAGCUGAUGUGUACGACGAGUUUGUGGAGCGCAGUGUGGAGCGAAUACUUUUUUGCUUUCAUGUCUCUCUUGUUUUGCAGAUUUUUGGUCCAGUGAUGCAAAUCUUGAAGUUUAAAAACCUCGAGGAGGUCGUGACGAGAGCCAACGACACAAAAUAUGGGCUUGCAGCCGCCGUGUUUACUAAGGACAUCGAUAAGGCCAACUAUGUGUCCAGUGGACUUCGUGCUGGCACAGUCUGGAUCAAUUGCUACGACGUGUUUGGGGCUCAGGCUCCGUUUGGAGGCUACAAGGCUUCAGGUGUCGGCAGAGAGCUGGGCCAGUACGGCCUGGACAACUACACAGAAGUUAAAACGGUGACCAUCAAGGUGCUGCAAAAGAAUUCUUAGACGUGUGCAGUGAGACGAGACGACAGCUGACUGAAGAAGCUGCUGAGAAGAUGUCAGACGGAGAAACUGUCCUGUGCUACACAAACCGUACGAACCUGCUGAAGCGAGGUGGAAUCUGUGCUGUGGAUUCAAAAAAUCACCUCCCCACUUAAAGCUUGAUCUCAGUGACAUAUGUUAGUGAAUGAAAUCACCAAACUCGAUUACAGUUUUCAGUCAUGGCUCAGAUCAAAGACUAGAAUCAGAAUUUGAUCGUGUUGUAUGUAGAGACCAAGGUCUGUGGACCUUUCUCUCAUUUUUCAUAAUAAACUGAUUUGAGUCAC